CUGUUGGAGAAGGCUAAGUUAAUCAGUUGAAGAAAAAGUUAAACAAUCUUUGAACUGACAAAUCAUUCGUGUUUGGAUUUAAAAAUACGUUUACAUGACAGGACAUAUUGUUGUUUAGUGGAUAUUGUACUAUUGUUGAAUGUCAAUGUAUAUGGACAAAAUGCAGCCGAUAUCUUUGGCUAUAAGCAGGUCGUCGGCAUUUAGCCGACCACGUUCAAGUUCGCCGAUUGACGUUGAAAACACUGCUGAGGACCUUUCAAAGAAAGAUAUAUCACCAAUGUCAUCCCCUUGUGGCAGCGACAGGCUUUCACCGGAUAUCAGUGACACAAAAAUGUGCAAUGGACGUGUUAAUUUUGCUGAAAAUAAUUCUUCUUUUAAAACGCCAUUACGAUUUGGCGUGGACUCUAUUAUAUCACACAGUCCACAUACGGACUCUAUGAAAGAGGGAUCAAAACCAGAACAGCGAUCACCUCAUAGGGCGCAUUCGCCUAUUAGGGAUAGAGACCGUGACUCGGACACAAGUUUGAAUCUUUCACCACGGUCAGACAGUUCUAGUCCCCAUUCGACGUCAUCACCGCAGGAACAUCAUAAAUCUCAUAUAUCUUCAUUUAGUAUGGAUGAGAUAUUAGGGAAAACCCCGCCAGUGUCUCACAAAUCUGAUCCAACAACAAGCCCAGCGUAUGUUCCGAGUCCGGCACAUGAAACGAGGUGGCCCGGGGGUCUGACAGUUGGUGCCGGUUUCCCCUGGCUUCCAUCAUCAAGAAUUUCGCCUCCUCCUAAUGCUGUUAGCCCCCAAAGAAUAAAUCCACAAAAAUGUACCUUACGAAAACAUAAAACCAACCGGAAACCAAGGACUCCUUUUACGACAUCUCAACUUUUGGCGCUAGAAAGGAAAUUUAGACAAAAACAAUACCUGUCUAUAGCAGAGCGUGCAGAAUUUAGUGCUUCUUUAAAUUUAACUGAAACACAAGUUAAAAUUUGGUUCCAAAAUCGACGCGCCAAAGCGAAGAGACUUCAUGAAGCGGAAAUAGAAAAAUUAAAAAUGGCCGCUAAGCCGAUGCUACCUCCAGCACUUGGUAUUACGUUUCCGGCUGCAGCUGCGCUGUACGGUGCUCAUCUUGGACGGUCUCAAAUUAUAGCAAAUCCUUUUGGUCCCUUUUCUUAUAAUUCCUACCCGGCAACGAGCAUGUAUCACCAUUAGUCACGUGACAUUUAGACGGAUUUUAUAAGUCUGACGAUUACUUUACGGUAUCUCGAGUACAUGCUUGCGGGGAGAAAAUGAUAUAUUUAUUAAAAGAAAAACUUCUCUUAGCAGCUUUCCAUGAUAAAAUCAUCCACAGCAUUAUGGCAGUAACAAGAAUAAUCAAAAUAUGAUUUUGUCUCUGGAAAGAAAGGAAUAGAAGGCUAUUAAAAUGUCAUUUACACAUUUAUAAAUGACCUUGAACUUUAACCGAUCGUUUUAUCGGGAAAGAGAGAGAGAGAAGAAUCUUGGCAUUAAAUUUGCAUCCUCGACGGUUCUCCAGUAUUCAGAUCGCUAGAAUCUGGUUUCCUCGUGUUCACGGAAGAAAUAUUGUGUAUUUAUAGAAAUGUGUUCUAUAAAACAUAUUAUGAAUAUUUGUUAGCGUUGUUUUUGAAAGAUAAUAAAUUAUAUAUAAUUUCAAA